AAAAAGCCUGUUGUUCAGUUGCUGGAAGACCUAAUUCUGCCGGACGAUCAACCUGCUAUUGAGGCUCGUCCACUUCCACUGUUAUGCAGAACCAAUUUCGAUACAAACUUCGAAGACAGGAAUGCGUACGUCACAGGAGUUUCCAAAUACAUCGAGGAGGCUACACGACAUGCAUUAUUUAAUGACCUGCUGGCUGAGGGAUUACAACAUGCUGCAAAUCUUUAUACGUGGAGAUGUUGCUCACGAGCUGCCCCUACAGUGAAGUCAAAUGAUCAGCCGAAUCGCGUAGAAAUCAACAUGAAAGUAGUGGAAGUCCUGAGACCUGAAGUCGAUAAGCUGCAGCAGUUUAUGCUGUUUACGAAUGAUGCCAUCUCGCGUUUCUGCGAAGAAGUUAGGCGCCUUUGCCACAUAGAAAAACGAAAAGACUUCGUUUCUGAAGCAUAUCUAUUGACAUUGGGUAGGUUUUUGAAUAUGUUCGCUGUGUUGGACGAGUUAAAGAACAUGAAGGCUUCAAUAAAAAAUGAUUUCUCUGCUUUUCGAAGAGCCGCCCAAUUUCUUCAAGUCAUGUCGGAUACACAAACUAUUCACGAUAUGCAAAACCUGAGCAUGUUUCUAGCUACACAAAACAAAAUAAAAGAUGACAUCCGGGCAAAGAUGGUGAAGAUUGAGGCCUAUGAAGAGCUGCUUACUGAUGUUAUAAACAUUUGUGCUCAUAUGUUUGAAGCUCAUCUUUACCUUGCUCCAUCAGAGCGACAUAUGUUUGUGAAAGUGAUAGCGUUCUCUCUUUUCCUUAUGGACGGUGAUUCUGCUAAUGUUGCGAAAAUGGAUCAGAAGAAAAGGUUGAACAUCAGCCGGUUGGAUAGAAUUUUCAAGUCGCUUGAAGUUGUCCCUCUGUAUGGAGAUAUGCAAAUUCAACCAUUUUCGUUCGUGAGAAGAUCACAAUUUUAUGAUGCUAGUAAAUGGCCCCUAAGUGACAAGGAGGGGGAAAAAUGUCAUGUCAAUAUUGUUGAAAGAGUGAAGGUCACCAGGGCAGAUCACGAGUCCUACGUCACGCAACUGGCCAAAUUAAACAACAGUGUGGCUAUAAGUGACCGUGUCUCACUGAAUUCUGAUGCUGAAAACCGCGAGUUGACGUCGUUGGCACUGAGUGGAGUACAGUUGUUGUGUCAGUGGACAGCGGACGUUGUUGAAACCAUUAGUUGGAAACUGCUGCACCCAACAAAUAGCAAAGAUAACAAGGACUGCCCGGAAAAUGCAGAGGAGUAUGAAAGAGCAACGAGAUACAAUUAUUCUGCAGCUGAAAAAACUGCACUGAUUCAGACUAUUGCUAUGAUAAAAGGCUUACAGUCGCUGUUAGGACGAAUCGAAUCAUCUUUAUCGAAUGCUAUCAGACGUCACAUAUAUGCAGAAUUACAAGGCUUCGUGCAGCAUGCCUUCAACGAGCCUAUUCAGAAAGCUGUCAAGGGUAAAAAGGAUUUAUUGGCCAGUAUUCUGCAAUCGGUUCGUGACACAUGUAUUGAUGCGUACACUUCUGCUUCGGAAUCUCGCCCAUCAAUGGAGAAGCUGAAGAAACGUCAAGGAAAAGAAUCAACCAACAGCUCAAAUAGCGAUUUACGAGUAGCUCGGAGAGCUUCACCCCCAACUCCAAGCAGCACGCAGCUCUAUAUGGCCAGAACGCAGUUAGAGUCAUUGAUUUCGGAGCGGGCUAGCGGUGGAAAACGCGUCCUCAGAAAGGAACUCGAUGCAAAAACAAUAGAAAGGAUUUCUGUCUUCUUACGCAAAUCAACCCAUUGGCCUGCGCUUUUCCGACUUUCUGACUCAUUAACCGAGGCAGCUGAGCUAAGCCAACUUUGGUUUAGAGAGUUCUACUUGGAAAUGACAAUGGGGCAACGUAUCCAGUUUCCAAUAGAGAUGUCGAUACCGUGGAUUCUGACAGAUCAUAUUCUGACCAAUCCGGAUUCGUCUUUAGUGGAAGGAGCUUUAUAUCAGCUCGAUUUAUACAAUGAUGCCGCUAAUUAUAUUAUCCGAUAUGGUAUUCACCCACUUCAAGCAGCUCGCCUCGUGGUUCGUUUCUUUUCUGUCAUGAUGCUCGACAAGCGUUUCAAACUUGAUUGCCAAAGGGCCGGAGUGACUAUAAGGACACCUCCUGCAGGUCGAUUUGACAGUAUUCUAAGACAAAGGCAUGUGCAGUUGCUUGGCCGAUCUAUCGAUUUGAAUCGCUUGAUUUCCCAACGGAUUAGUAUUGCGCUCCUGAAAGCCCUCGAUACAGCCAUAUGGAUGUUUGAAAGUGCUGAACUUUCCACCAUUGUUGAACUGGAUUUUUUGAUAGAAACCAACAAACUGUGUCAUUCGCUGCUGAGAGAAAGGUUGUUCUCUGUUCCAGAUUUUAACGACCUUUUACUUGAGGCUAACCAUAAUGUCUCUGCACCUCACGGACGCAUAACUUUACAUGUUUUCUGGGAAUUGAAUUAUGAUUUUGUUCCGAAUUUUUUCUACAAUGGAUCAACCCACCGCUUUGUUCGUGCAAAGGAGGUGUUUCGAAAGACGCCAUCACGAGAAAGGAAACCCCAGGUUUCUUUUAUUUAUUUAUGGGGUUCGAAGUCUUUGAAUGCUGCAUUCGCGAACAUAUUCUUCCCCUUCUCACGAUUCAUAGGAAUUCCUCAUUUGAAAGCGAUCGCACGGCUGAUGCAGUACCAAGGUAUUGCUGUCAUUUUGGAAGAAUUAUUAAAGAUGGCUCGGAUACUGAUUUCUGACAAAAUAAAACGCCAUCUGAAAACAAUCUAUUCUGUUAUGCCAAAAGUGUGCAAGUUGCCACGAAGCGACUAUGGUAGUCCAGGUGUUCUCCAGUACUACUUCCAUCAUCUUGAAGGCGUAGGGAAGUAUAACGAGUUGAAAGGCGAAUUUUGCCAGGAUCUUCGUGAACUGGGUAAUAUUAUUCUCUUUUGCCACCAGUUAGAGACUGGCAUGGCUCAAGAGGAGGUACAAGAUCUAUUGGCAGCAGCCGCUUUUACCAACGUGAUCCCGAAACCGCCUGCAAAAAAUGUUGCUGAACAAGAAAAGCAGCUCGCCAAGCUUGAGGAAAAAUACUCACGAAUUCAGCUCACUAAUGUAGUAGAGAAAUUUGGCGAUGAUAAGCAAAUCGCUAUAUCGAGGGAGGCUGAACUUAUGACCAAGGAGCGACUUUGUUGUGGAUUGAACAUCUUCGAAAUGUUUUUAAGAAGGAUUCGACAGAUGCUUCUAGACGACUCGGUUUUCACUGGAGGAUAUCCAACCAAUGGGGUUAUAUGGGUGGACGAGUGCGUGGAAUUUCAUCGAGUAUGGUCUGCACUGCAGUUCUUCAUUUGUCAACCACGAGGCAACGAAGAUGAAAGACUUGUAGAAGAGCUUUUCGGCGAUUCUUUGCAAUGGGCUGGCAUGUCUGUCAUUUCUCUCCUUGGACAACACAGGCGUUUUGAAGUCCUCGAUUUCUGUUAUCACCUCCACCGAAUUCAGAAAUUCGAUGGGAAAGAUGAGACUGUCAAUGGAGUUCGUCUUAGCCGUAUGGUGGAAAGAAUACGACGAUUUCAGCUAUUGAAUUCGCAGAUCCUCACAAUACUUUGCAAUUACUUAACAGCAAAUGAGGAGUUCGAAGAAGAGCACGUGCGGGAGUUUAUGCCACCCACACAUCCUUCUCUUACGGGACAGUUUUCGGUAGAGUCGUAG